GUGAGCCAGAGGCCACGCCCCCUCCCGACGGAAAAACACGCAGGUGAAAAACACGCACUCAUGAUCUCGCCCACGUCCAGCACGGCCGAGAUGGUGACGCAGGGUAAAGUCCACGUCGACUCCACGGAGGAUAUCGAAGAGAGGAACUCGGGCGGCCUGGGAUGUUUCGGGUGGAUCCUGGUGGUGAUAUCACUCGUCUUCAUCGCCGCGACCUUUCCCGUCACCAUUUUUAUGUGCGUCAAGAUAGUGCAGGAGUACGAGCGGGCCGUCAUCUUCAGGCUGGGCCGUAUCGCAGACAGGAAACCCAAAGGACCAGGUCUUUUCUUCGUGCUGCCGUGCACCGACAACUUUGUCAAGGUGGACCUGAGGACCGUGUCCUUUGACAUCCCACCGCAGGAGAUCCUGACCAAAGACUCGGUGACGGUGAGCGUGGACGGCGUGGUCUACUUCCGCAUCGAGUGUCCCAUCUCGUCCGUGGCCAACGUGGCCAACGCGCACUCGUCCACGCGGCUGCUGGCCCAGACCACGCUGAGGAACGUUCUGGGCACCAAGGACUUGGCCGAGCUGCUGUCCGACAGAGAGGGUAUCUCGCUCGGCAUGCAGGAGUCUCUGGACGAGGCCACCGACGCGUGGGGCAUCAAGGUGGAGCGCGUGGAGAUCAAAGACGUGAAGCUACCUCAGCAGCUGCAGAGAGCCAUGGCGGCCGAGGCGGAGGCCAGUCGGGAGGCGCGGGCCAAGCUGAUCUCGGCGGAGGGCGAGAUGAAGGCCUCCCGGGCCCUGAAGGAGGCCUCGCUGAUCAUCGCCGAGUCGCCUUCCGCCCUGCAGCUGAGGUACCUGCAGACGCUCAACAGCAUCGCGGCGGAGAAGAAUUCCACCAUCAUCUUCCCCCUUCCCAUCGACAUGCUGCAGAACUUCAUGCAGAAGAAGUGAAGCAUGCUGGGAAGUACCCUUGCUUUUACUUGUCGGCCCCUCCAGGAUUUUGCAGGCUUUUUUCGUGAUUGUCACAGCUUUAAACGCUUGAAUUUGCAGCCUUUUUUUUUUUUUUUUUUUUUUUUUUUAGAAUGUUGCAGCUAAAAUUUUUUUUUGCUUUUUUAAAUAUUUUCCAAAAAA